CUGAAAGCUUUAUCUUUGCCUUAUGACGGGUGGCCCGUGGUUUCCUGCCAACAGCUCCUGUUUCCGGAGGCUCAGCAGGGCCCAGGCGGAGCCAGAAGGAGCUGUGCGGCUGAGCCUGGGUGGCCCCACCAGCCCCGCCCCCAUCUAUCUUUGGGAAUUUAUUUGUCCACAGGCGUGGCUGGCCCACAGUCCAUUGCCUGCCAGGGGCCAAGAGCUGCUCUGACUACCCGAGGACUCUAUUUUUCAACCCAAGUGCCUUCAACUGACCCCUGACUCCUGACCUCUGGCCCCAGCUGCCCUGCCCUGCCCUGCCCUGCCCUUCCUAAGGGGCCAGGAAGCCCCUAGAAGCUCCACUGUAGACGUGGGCAUUGACACCUGGCUCGCCUCAAGAGCAAAGUCUGUGCAAGGGGCUCGGUUCUCAGGCCCCAGCCUGGCCCACCAUGGCACAGCGGCUCCAGGAUGAACUGGCUGCUUUCUUCUUUGAAUAUGACACUCCCCGAAUGGUGCUCGUACGCAACAAGAAGGUGGGCGUCGUCUUCCGCCUGAUCCAGCUUGUGGUUCUUGUCUACGUCAUUGGGUGGGUGUUUGUCUACGAGAAGGGCUAUCAGACCUCAAGUGGCCUCAUCAGCAGCGUGUCUGUGAAACUCAAGGGUCUGGCCGUGACGCAGCUCCCAGGCCUGGGCCCCCAGGUCUGGGAUGUCGCUGACUACGUCUUCCCAGCCCAGGGGGACAGCUCCUUUGUGAUCAUGACCAAUUUCAUUGUGACCCCCCACCAGGCUCAAGGCUACUGUGCAGAGCACCCAGAAGGGGGUACAUGCUCAGAUGACAGUGGCUGCAUUCCAGGGAAGGCAGAAAGGAAGGCUCAAGGCAUCCGCACAGGCAAGUGUGUGGCCUUCAACGACACUGUGCAGACGUGUGAGAUCUUUGGCUGGUGUCCUGUGGAGGUGGAUGACAAUGUCCCACGUCCUGCCCUUCUCCAAGAGGCCGAGAACUUCACUCUCUUCAUCAAGAACAGCAUCAGCUUUCCACGCUUCAAGGUCAACAGGCGCAACCUGGUGGAAGAGGUGGAUGCGGCCUACAUGAGGACCUGCCUCUAUCACAAGAUCUUGCACCCGCUGUGCCCUGUGUUCAAGCUGGGCUAUGUGGUCCAAGAGUCAGGACAGAAUUUUAGCACCCUGGCUGAGAAGGGCGGGGUGGUCGGCAUCACCAUCGACUGGAACUGUGACCUGGACUGGCAUGUGCGGCACUGCAAACCCAUCUACGAGUUCCAUGGACUGUAUGAGGAGAAAAACCUGUCUCCAGGCUUCAAUUUCAGGUUUGCCAGGCACUUUGUGGAAAACGGGACCAACCACCGCCACCUCUUUAAGGUGUUUGGGAUUCACUUUGACAUUCUCGUGGAUGGCAAGGCUGGGAAGUUUGACAUCAUUCCCACGAUGACGACCAUUGGCUCUGGGAUUGGCAUCUUUGGGGUGGCCACGGUUCUCUGUGACCUGUUGCUGCUCCACAUCCUGCCCAAAAGGCACUACUACAAGCAGAAGAAGUUCAAGUACGCGGAGCGCAUGGGGCCAGGGGCGGGUGAGCGUGACCCCGCAGCCACCAGCUCCACCCUGAGCCUGCAGGAGAACAUGAAGGCAUCCUGA